UCCCCGACCGAGGCGGGCGUACACUUGUUACACUUGUUGCACCUUACACUUGUUACCCCCGUUACACUUGUUCAUGUGAAGUGAAGUGUACUGUGAAAAUGUACAUAGACGUGGAUGUGUUUUGCCAGGGGAAUGGGAAUAUGGCGCUCGAGAGGGUGACGAGGUACCAGCAGAUCGAAAGCGAGAGCGGCGGGGGUGGUGUGUCGGGUCUGUGCGCGCGCGAUGCGGCGUCGCCGGCGCAGAUGCUGCCGCCGGCGCCCGCGCCGCCCGCCACGGUCAAGACCGAGCGCUCCAGUCCACAUGACUCCACCGCUUCUAGGUCUCGCAGCGUGACGCCAUCAACGUCCUCGCACCCCAGCACCACGCCGGAGCGCGUCAGCCCGGCGGCCCCACCGCCGAGACACUACUCGGAGAUCAUGCGCACCCUCGCCGCCAGAUACAACACCGGCCCCAACGACUUCUUCCACCGCAACGGGUUCGGUGCGCCGCCCGUGGACGUGGGCUCGGCGCCGCUGGGCGGGCUGUUCGCCAAGCUCGCGGUGCAGCAGGGCACGCACAUACCCGCCUUCCCUGCUACCGUUGAUAUGACCUCUACUAAGACGUUGCUAGCGCUAUCUCGGGUGGCGUGCGGUCGGUCGCGGCGCAAGCGCAUCAAACGCAACGUGUCCGACCACAGCCCGCUCGACCUGUCCACGGCUGGGGACGUGAAGCGGGCGCGGUACAGCCCCAGCAGCGAGGGGGAGGAGAGAGUGUCUAAUGGAGAAUCAAGUGAGACACGCGAGUGUUUAUGCGCGGAGGCGCGCGCGCGGCUGUCGGCGAUGUCGGUCGACGAAGUCGUCGAGUUCGUCGCUUCUAUAGACAUCUGUGCGGAGUACGCCACGAAUUUCCGCGACCAGCGAAUAGACGGUUCCGGUCUGCCGCUGCUCACAGAGGAGCAUCUCACGGGCAUGCUGCAGAUGAAGCUGGGGCCAGCGCUCAAGCUGCGAGCAGCAGUCGCCAAGAAGAUAGAGCCCUGCGCCCAGUGCGCCGCCCCCACCACACCCAGAACCAACGGCACCUUCAAACCAGAACCCAGAAGUAACACCACGAGCCCCAGCUAGGCUGUACUCAGUGUUUGGACUAAUACCUGAGACUAAAUUUAGCAAAAACCUGAGAAUUCCAGUUUUAUAUGGCAUAAUGAGUGAAAAAUAUUCGCGUGUAACGAGCGAAAAAUGUGGUAUUAGUAUCGCAUUAAAAUAUCUGCUUAAAGUCUUGCAUCUGAUAUGUGUGGGAAAAUAUUUGAAGUGCACCUGUUGCAACCUUUCGAUGCAAGAAUUUUGUGCCGAUACUUGAAGCGUUUUCAUCCUAACUCGAUGAAUAUUUGAAAUUGGAAUUUUCUCGACAUUCGAUUAAUAUCGUCGAUACUUUUGCUUCAAUCGAUAGAUAUAUUCUAGCAAAUUAAAGCAGUAUUCGUCAUGGGUCCAUCGUCUUCCCGUUUAAUGAUUUUGCAUUUAAUGAUUUAAUUUAGUUAAGUAAUGUAAAUAAUCAUACCGUCCAAAUAUUAUUAUUUCGUCUAAGUUGUAUAUAAUGGGAGACGUGUAUAUUAUAGACGUAUGGGUACAUUAGUACCGCUCCGUAUACGUCUGACAGGGUCCUAUACUUGUUUGUAUAUAACGUUUGCAGCUGUAGUGUUAAAUGUAGCAUUUAUUUAUAUCACACCUGAAUAAAGCUCAUUAUUAAUACAGAACUGUUUAUUGUGAUAAUAAUGAUUUCAUACAAUUCGGUCGCUAUAUGUGCAAUCAG